CCCAGCCUCAGAAACAUGUCGAUGAGUCCCAAGCAUACUACUCCCUUCUCAGUGUCUGAUAUCUUGAGUCCUUUGGAGGAGACUUACAAGAAAGUGAGCAUGGAAGGAGCUGGUCUAGGGGCCCCUCUGACAGCUUACAGACAAUCUCAGGUGUCUCAGCCUGCCAUGCAGCAACAUACCAUGGGCCACAAUGGACCAGUGAGUGCCACUUACCACAUGACAGCUGCAGGGGUCCCUCAGCUCUCCCAUACCACCAUGGGGGGCUACUGCAAUGGCAAUCUGGGCAACUUGGGCAAUAUGAGUGAUCUUCCACCCUACCAAGACACCAUGAGGAGCAGCUCAGCUGCAGCAGGAUGGUAUGGUACCAACCCAGACCCACGCUUUUCUACCAUUUCACGUUUCAUGGGACCUUCAAAUGGAAUGAACAUGGGAGGCAUUGGUAACAUGGGAUCCCUCGGGGAUGUUGGCAAGAGUAUGGCACCGCUUCAGAGUACACCAAGAAGAAAACGUAGGGUUUUAUUCUCACAGGCCCAAGUCUAUGAGUUGGAAAGGCGAUUCAAGCAGCAGAAAUAUCUGUCUGCUCCGGAAAGAGAACAUUUAGCCAGUAUGAUACAUCUCACCCCCACUCAGGUGAAAAUUUGGUUUCAAAAUCACAGAUACAAGAUGAAAAGACAAGCCAAGGACAAGGCAGCCCAGCAGCAGAUGCAACAGGAGAACAAUUCUUGCCAGCAGCAACAGUCCCCUAGAAGAGUUGCAGUCCCUGUGCUGGUGAAAGAUGGAAAACCAUGCCAAGCUGGGACUAAUACACCUACAGUUUCUCUCCAGAACCAUCAGCAGCAGUCUGCUACAUCUAUCACAGUAGGCACCAAUGGGUUGGGUCAGCAUCAAAACCACCAAACAAACAGCGCAGGUCAGUCGCCAGACCUGGGUCAACACUGCAAUAGCCCUUCAGGCCUCCAGAACCAGGUCACCAGCUUGUCCCAUCUAAACUCUUCCACUUCUGACUAUGGUACAGCCAUGUCCUGUUCUACCUUGCUAUAUGGUAGGACAUGGUAAAUGGAGUUAUCUCAGAUCCUCCUC